UCGUUCUCGCGAGACCUAACUCAGCUCCAACUUCCAAACGACUCCGUCUCCCUUGCCCCCACCGGGCCCCCCCUGGGCGAUGGCGGAGGAGGGCGGCGCGCGCGAGCGCGAGGGCCUGUUCUCGCUGGAGCUGCUGGUGGAGUGGGUGCGGGUGGAGCCCCGGCUGCUGCCCCCGCGCGGCCCCCUGCGCGCGGCCGUGGCGCUGCGGCUGCUGGAUUUCCCCACCCUGCUGGUGCGCCCGCCCGAGCCGGGCUGCCCGCCGGGGCGGCUCGUGCCCUUCGGCCGGGGCAAGUCCUGCCUCUUCCGCCUGGCCCCGGGCGCCCUGCGCGGCUUGCUCCGCCGCGCCCCGCUCUACGCGCUGCUGCUGGCGCUGCCCCCGGGGGAGCCCGGCCCGGCCCGGCUGCUGGGCAGCUGCUGCGUCCCCCUGGCCACGGCCGCCGAGGAGCUGCUGCGGGGGCCCGGCUCGCGGGGCCAAAGGGGCCGCUACCCGCUGCGGGACCUCAUGGGGGAGCCGGUGGGGGAGCUGGCCCUGGGCUAUCGCCUCAGUAGCCUGGGGCCGGCCUUGCUGGGGCACCUGCCUGCAGGGCCGGGCGUGGCUGGGGGAGCGCAGCCGCCCAGCCCCACCUGUUCUCCUGAUGCCCAGCGCGAGAGCGGGUCCAGCCCACAGGGGGGCCCGGUGGAGCAGGGGGCUGGGCCCCCCAUGUCAGUCGGAGGCCAGAGAGAGCCUGAGGGCAGGGAGCAGGUUGAGGAGCUAGAUUCUGAGCACAGUGGACAAGCCUCUUUGCCUGCCCGCCAGACCUCUCUGUCCAGUGGGGAGGAGGUGAGGGAGCUGGAGAUGGAAGCCAAUGUCUUCUGUCCUCCCCCCUUGUACUACAGCCACCUGCCUGCAGAGCCCAGACCAGUCCGGGCCCCUCAGAUGGUGGCAGUUGCCCAGUCUCCAGUCCCCCAGGAGCAGAUCCCAAGUGUACCACCAGCACCACUGCAGGAAACUUGUCCAGACAUAGGUCAAGCUGCAGGUUCCUUCGCCCAGUCAGGGGGCAGUGCCCAGCAGCUCAGAGAAGCACUCAGAGAGCUGCCUCUGCUCAGGGCUUUGCCCGUGCUGAACAAUCAGCCCCUGCAGCGUGGACCUUCUACUGUUCACCCUCAGCUGGCCUGGCUGUAUCGAGAGGCAGAAGAAAACAUCAAGCCCUCAAAUACUCUUACUAAAAGCAGAGGGCCAGAUGGGAAAGAUAAGGAAACUCUUCCUGAGCCCAGUGAAAAAUUCAAAAGAAGCCAGCAAGAGUUUUCUAAGUUUGGUGGUUCUUCCUUGCGAGAGUCUGGGGCUGGGAAAGGAACCAAGAAAGCUGCAGUAUCGAGAAACAGUGGUUUUGAAAAAAAGAGUGAAAUCAAAGAAAACACACCCAAAAGAAAGAAACUCUUUUAUGGUCUGACAAAUACACUAAGAUUACGAUUACAGCAGACCAAUCCAGAUAUGUUAAUACUUCAUGAACGCAGAGAACAGUAUAGAAAAAGGCAACUAGAGAUACUGAAAGAGAAGAAAGGCAAAGGCUCUUUGUCCAAAGGAAAUUUAUUCAGAAACUCUGCUGAACAGCACCUGAUGUCUAAUAGGCAUCCUGCCAGGGGAGGAAUUUUAGAACAAAAUACUCAACUUGAUGAAAACAUUGAAACUUUAAUGCAAAGUAGUAUUGAAAAAAAAUACUCUACCAUUAUAAAGGAAGAUAUUUCUGACCUACAAAAACAUGCUGCUCACAAUGGACUGAGCAAUCAUGAGGAAAAUGCAAAGGAAAAGAAUCCAUGUGAAGUGAGUACAAACUCUUCACUGGAAGGAACUACAAUUAAAAAUGCUUACAAAGAAAAGGAAGUGGAAGUCCACCUACCAAGAGCUUCCACACAGGAUACUGAUGCAAAAAGAAACACAAUAGAUGAGGAAACAGUACACUUCAUUCAUGACAAAGUCAGGAAUGACUAUAAUGCUUCCACAUUAGAACCUGAGUCAGGCCCAAACAGCUUUGAAAGUAACCCCGAACUCAAGUAUUCAGAGGAUUUUCUUGGCAGCCCUGAAAAUGCAGGCUAUUCAGAAGAUUUCACCAGUGCUGACUAUACUGAUAGAGACUCAGAAACUCUUGAUAGCAGCCCAGAACCUGCUCUGGUAAGUCCAAAGCAAGCUCUAUCAGACAUGGAGUCAGAAUCCAAGGAGUCCAGAAUUUCUGGAAAAAGUCUGAGAACUGAAAGUAUUUCAGCUCCUCUACCAGUUCCUUCAACUGCAUCUCCAGUCCACUCUCUUAAAAAACCCUAUGAUUUAAAAGCAAAAAAGAGUACAGCUGUCAGUAUAUCCAUUAGUGACUCCUCACUUGCAGGUUCAUUAGAUAACCAGGAGUUAGCGCCAUACACCAAGGAAGAAGAUAGCAGUAUUGACCAAAUUAUCCAGCCCUCUGAGGUGAAGAAUAAGCAAACUAAUUCUGCUUUUAAUAGUGUGAAGGACCAAACCUCUUUGGAAAAAAGCCUGUCUCUGAGGACAUCUCAAGUUAGCUCUUACUUGCCAUCCAAUAUGUCUGAUCUUGAACUUAGUGGUGUGGAAAACAGUAUAUCAGACAAGGAAGAGGAUGAUGACUUUGGGACAUUGAGUAUUCCUAAUCAAUAUAAGCACAUCAGCGAACUAGUGGUAAACAAACUUCCUGGAUACACAAUGUAAUCAAUAUAUACUUAUCAAAACAAAAGAUGUUUACUUUUUUAUUUUUAUAAACAAUAUUAACUAAGAUAUUUGUAAUUAGGUAUAUUUAAAACACCAAAUAUAAAUGAUGUAAUACAUUUAAUAAAUUGAAAUGAAUUUUUAUAAAAAUGAAGACUGCAUCUUAGGUGUAUACAACAUAACUUCAGUAGUUUUAGCCUAGCUUAAAAACAAAACAAAGUGUUGAAAUACCCCAUAUUUUCAGUUGUAGAAGUAUGAAAAUGGAAGUAGUAAACCUUCCUAUCAUAUGACAUGUCAGGAGAAAAUAUUAGUGCUAAAGAAACUACCAUGCAGUUUGUUAUGGGUACAAAUUAUGUCUAACCAUGUUAUAAACAGAUUUUUAAAAAUCUUGUCACCUUCUCCACAAAAGUAAUUUAUAUACUUCCAGGAAAUAAGUGUAGCACAAGGGCUGCUUAAUGCACAUAGCCUGUGCAUAGGCAAUAUUAACAUGGGUUGUAAAGCCAGGUGCAGUCAUUCUGGUAGUCUAGUCUGACUUGUAUAGCAUAGGCCAUAGCAUUACCAGUAGUUGUAACACUGACCCUAUUAACUUGUUAAACUAUUGUUCUCACUUUUUCAAGUUGGGGGACUCUUAUUUGAGAUCAAAUUUUCAUGAACCUCAUGUGUAUUAUCUAUAUAAAAAAAAUUCCUGUGGGACAACAGACUCACGUCAUCUGUGUCCUAAUGCCACCUGUGUCUCCAUCCUUAGCCAUUUUCUGUGGCCAUUUGCGUCCCCUCCAAGCAUAGACUGCUCCAGCUCUGGCUGCUGCUUCACACCCCAGGGAGCUGUGCUGCGGGGAGGAGCUUGUUGGGGCUGGAUCCCUUCUACCAUCCAAGCCUGACACCCCUCCCUCGGUCGCAAUGGAACCCCUCUGCCAUCUGAGCCCAUCUGGGUCUUCCCCACCCCUGAGGUCCCAUCCAUUCGAGCCCAUCCCUCCCGUAGGCUGCAGUGGGUCGUCUCCACAUCCAAGCCUAACAAGCCCCUGGGCUUCCCAGUGUCCCCUCUGCCAUUCGAGCCUGACCUCCACAGCACAGGCCGUGCUGCAUCCCCUCUGCCAUCCUACCUUCCUUCUCCCCCCCACCCCGCCAGACGCCUCACCCCUACCACCAAGACCCCAAGCCUGCUCCUGCCCAAUACUUGACCUUGAAAAAUAAAGAUGUGUUGAGAAUGAAUAGGGGAUUUUCAUUGCUUUUUAGAUCGUAAUAAACUUUUGGUGCCUCACAAACCUCUUGAUUGUCUUUCAUGAUUUGUUGUUUGACAAAUACGAAUUAAGAUACAUAUUUUAGAAAGACAUCAAAUCUUGAUUGUAAGAUGCCAAGUGAUGGAAAAUUUACAUCUCUCAGUUACUCCUUGUUACA